CACACACUCUCACUCUCUCACUCACACACACACACACACUCUCACUCUCUCACUCACACACACACACACACACACCCCGCUUCUUCUCCUGAGAGCAAAUCAACCAAAAACUGAAGAUGGGGAAAAUUAACGGAUGCCUCAAAUGUCUCUUCAUCUUCUUCAACGUUCUCUUCGCAAUCCUUGGAUGUUUGCUGAUCUACGGGACGGUGAAGGUGACGGCCUACAGCUUACAGCUGUCAGCGUUCGGGACCCCCGGUCUGGGUUGGGCUUGGGUUUUCUCCCUCGGCGUCCUUGGCAUCUCCUGCCUGGGAAUCUACGCGGGCUGCUCCGAGAAUGCCCUGGCCCUGAAAAUAUUCGCAGGCUUCAUGGGCGUUGGAAUGAUCAUCAUGCUGAUCGUUGGCAUCAUCGUCGUUGUUGCAAGAAACAAGAUCAGAGAUGGCUUUCAGAACACCUCUGCAGAAGUGGCAAAGCCCUUCAUGGAAGACGAAGGGCUGAGACAGUUACUCGAAGGGCUGCAGAAAGCUGUCCACUGCUGCGGAGUGGUGAGUUCCGGCGACUGGGGCGACACAAUCCCUCAAUCCUGUGAGUGCACAUACGGUGGUAGAGAAUUGGCCGUCUUUGGAGCAAGUGGCAGAUGUAAAGCCAGACCAGCGGGAACCGCUGGCCCAGAACAAAUUUAUGAAGAGCCCUGCAGCAACGUCAUCUUCUCAUAUGUAGACCUCAUCUUCAAGUUCGCCAUGGGCUUCUUCUUUGGAUUUACUGUCACUGCACUGCUGGGCCUGUUGGUCUGCCUGCUGAUGAUCCAUCAGGUCAAACGUCACGACAUGGCAGGAGGAGCGUCCAUCCCCAUGAAGGGCUACUGAAGGGAACCACCUUUGACCCCUGACCUUUAACCUGUGCACUGUAUUUAGGGGGUCUCAGUGGUCAAUACAUGACUUUUUUUACUUUUUUCUUCUUUAAAAAAAGAACGAUAGGCAAAGCAGGAGAGAGAGGGAUGAGGACGAACAGAUUUCAUAAGGGAGAAAAUUUUAAAGCUUUAAUUUUUUAUUCCAGCUUUCUAUUGUAGACAAUUUUGCUUGAAUAGCAAACAUUUAUAUUUUUGUGAGCCAUAUAUCUCUUUUGUGUUAUUCGUUGGUUUUGCAGUAUUGUUGUUCUCUUGUGUAACAGAUAUAUUGUGAGAAAAAAAGCUUUUUCUGAUCUCAACACUUCAAAAUAUAUGACUGACGCUCUUUUACCCCAAGGACGUCACACAACAUUAGUUACCAGUGAUUUUUAAAAACAACCAUCAAACAGUUGGUGAAUUUAGUGACCGUAGAAGCUCAUUGAUGUAGUGACUGUAGUGAACUGUGUAGCUGGCGAGCUAAUCGCUAACAUGCAGUUAAAUGUCGGACUUGCUAACUAUCAUUUCCACGGUUAACUACUUAGUUAGUUAGUUAGCUAGUUAGCUAGCUAGUUAGCAGACUCCUGUCUUACACCAUGAAAGCGACUGUUGCAGAACAGCUAACAGGCUAAUGUGAUAGCUUCCUCAAUUUUGAUCUUUCCAACUGUUCAUUUUCUGAAAAGGUCAGCACUCUAAAGAUAACGUGUUAUUGGUCAAAAGCACAAUUAUGUGUCUCAAAGGACAAUUUUAUUUAAAGAAAAAUAGGUAUGGAUUCAAAUUCAUUGAUUGCAAUUAUGCUGCAAUAAUUUUUUCUAAUUUACCUGCUGGUGAGUUGAAUCAAAUGAUCAAAAUCAGGAUUUCUAGAACUGUCCAACAUAAUAUUUUUGUUGCAGGAUCGAGUCAGAAGAGCAGUUUAUGCUUGUAUGUUUAUGUUUAAAUGUUUGCAUGUUUGUAAAGAAUCUACAACGGCUGACUUGUAUAUUUUCCAGAUUGUGUACGUCUCCGUCGGUCAUUUUAUAAUCAGAACACUCCCCCCGGAAUUUCUUCUUGACGUUCACAUCAUUUAUCGGCAUGUGGUCAAAUGGCAAAUCCUGUCAUUUUUCAAAGUCCGGAAUAUAUUUUUCUUUCUGUAAAGAGCAAGUAACGUUGGGAAAAUGGAAAUCCCUGCAACACUUGCAGCACUGAGAACAAAACAAUUUGAGCAUAUUUAGACCUACUAGAACAAGCAAUGUCUCACCCGUGGUGGAGCAAUUUAUUAAUGUAGACGCCAAUGUAACACAAGGUUACAUAAUUCAUCCAGAGUUUCACAGAGGAUAAAGCCAUGUGACAAAACCAAACAAUAACUCAGGUUUAGUUAAGUUUUCACAUCUCCUACGGGCAGUGAACACCCCAACACUGUAAGAAAAAGGGGCCCAGGAUUUAAUUCUGUCAUUGUGAAAUUUGCACUCAUUAUCACUUAUGAUCACUUAUUACAAAAUAAACAAGAAUACCCACA